AUGCGCGGAGAGCCGCCUCCCACCGCCCCGCGCGGCGGGACGGGUCUGGAAAGGGGCCAGGGGCGCGGCGCCGGGCGGGACCGGUCGGGGUCGAUGGGGCGGAAGGGGGAGAAGGCGGCCAGGGACAAGCUGGCCAGCCUGGCCCCGGUGUGCGAGGAGGAACCCAAAAACCCAGAGGAGUACCAGUGCUCGGGGAUCCUGGAGCAGGACUUCGCGGAGCUCUGCGGCUUGACCGGCUACUCCGACUUCCCCAGGGUGGUCCCCCGCCCCCACCCCACCGUCCCCCCGGGGCUGGACCGCCCAGGACCUUCCGAGGAGCUGGAUUCCCCGGGGACGACCCUCUCCCGGAUCCAGACCAAAUACGCCUUCUUCCGGCCCUGCAUCCAGAUUGAGCAGGAGCAGGACGACCCCAGGACCGCGCGGGAGAUCUUCAUCCGGGGGUGGAAGGUGGAAGAGCGCAUGUUCGGGGUGUUCAGCAAGUGUCUGCCCGCGCUGAGCCAGCUGCAGGCCAUCCACCUGUGGAAGGCGGGUCUCACCGAGGAGACCCUGGGAUCCUUCGUCGCCCUGCUGCUCCGCUGCUCCACCGUCAAGACGGUGUCGCUGGAGGGGAACCCGCUGCCCGACCAGUCCUUCCACCGGCUGCUGGCCGACGACACCAACCUGCAGCACGUGUCCCUGCGGAACAACGCGCUGAGCGAGCGGGGCGCGCUGCUGCUGGGCCGGGCGCUGGCCUCGCCGCGGGCCUCCAACCGCACCCUCGUCUCCCUCAACCUCGGCUACAACCGCAUCGGCGACGCCGGCGCCGCCCACCUCGCCCAGGCUCUGCGGCUCAACCGGUCCCUGCUGUCCCUGUCCCUGGCGCACAACGGCAUCGGGGACGCGGGGGCGCUCCGCCUCGCCCAGGUCCUGCACCCCUUCCAGCUGACCCACGCCGAGGUGGUGGAGCGGCGGAGGCUCUUGCUGGACAAGGAGACUCGGGACCGGCUGCGCUCGGCCCCGUCCUCCCGCCUCUCGGACCCCAGGAGCGACCGGGGGAUGUUGGGCCUCAGCAGCACGACCGUCGACAAGGUGGAGAGGAUGCAGGCCGCUAAAGCCGCCAAGAACGCGGCCAAGAAGAAGGAGAAGGACGGGAGCAAGAAGGAGGAGAGGCCGGGCCCCGUGCCGUCCCCCAUGCAGACCGCCGUCAAGAAGGACGACGCCAAGGCCCCCAGAGGGAAGGCGACCACGCCGGACCCCAAGCCGGGGAGGACGAAAGGGACCAAGACGGGCGCCCGGGAAAAACGCUACCUGCCCCCGGAGAACGAGCCCCCCGCCGAAGUCACGGAGACGGUCAACCCGCUGCUGGAGCCCGCCGACCACCGGGACGGCAAAGUCUUCCUGCCGGGAAACCUGGUCCUGCUGCAUCUCAACCUGCUGCGAAACGACAUCACGGAGGAGGGGCUCAGGGGCUUCCUGGCGGCCGUCACCUACCAGGUGCAGAACGGGCAGCGGGGGCAGGCGGCCAAAGGCACCUCGGGGCUGCUGCGGCUGGGGCUGGGGAAAAACAAUUUCCUCCCUACCUGCGAGACCUAUCUGAGACUCCAGGAGCUGAUGCUGGCCCGGGACCCCGUCUUCAAGCCCGGGGACGAGGAGGGGGCGGCGGCCGCCCCUCCGCCGCGACCCUCCCCCCAAUAAACCGGCGCCCGGCGCCGUCGGAUUGA